AAUAAAAAAUUAGUCCUAAUUUUCAUUGUUAAAACCUCAAUCUUAGCUCGAAUCUGAUCGAUCAGAAACGGAGCUAUUGAACUAGGGUUUGAUUAACGCCGCCGCGGAGGCAGUAAGCUCGGAGACUGAAAUCAAUGGCGACGGCGGCUGGCGUCGGCGCUGCCUCGCUGCGGAUUCUUCGAGCCAAAUACACUUCGGCGGUAACCGGAGGCCACCGCUUUACGCGGCUUCUCACCAUUCAACACGAUUCUUCUUUAUCUUACGACUCAUCAGCCGAACUCCCUUUGCUCCAGAAGCUUCUUAAGGCACCGCUUUCAACGAUCAAAUCAACACUCGAUUCUGAGUUCAGCUCCGACGAAACCGAGUUCCCCUGCGCCGCUCUGCUUUCUUCUCUCAACACAUCCGCUCCUCAGAAAGCUUAUUUGAUUAUCGAAUGGAAACUAGAGAAGUUGAGAAACAAUGAUGCAAAAGAUCUCUCUCGCUAUGCUCGAUUGAUAUCGUUGUGCGGGAGCAUCAAAAACCUCCAUUUAGCAUUACUUGUCUUUUCAUCAAUGGAGGAACAAGGAAUUAUUCCAGCUUCUCCAGUUUUUAAUGCCCUAAUAUCGACAAGCUUAUCCUCGGGUAAUUUGAUCACAGCAUUGAGCUUAUUUGAGAUAAUGGAGGGCUCGGAGAGCUACAAACCUGAUGAAGACACCUACAACGCCUUCAUCUCUGCGUAUGCAAGCCUGGGAAACAAGACUGCAGCGGAGGAUUGGUUCAAGGCUAAGAUAGAGGCUGGAUUUCCUGCUGAUGCUCGGGCAUAUGGUUCCCUCGUGCAUUGCUGCAUCAAACUGAGGGCUUGUGAGGAUGCUCGGAGAUAUUUUGAGGAGAUGAUGUUUGAAGGUAUAUUGCCUGAUGAAUCAUCGGUUGUUCAAGACGUGCUGCUGAUGUACUGUCAGCAGAGAAACUCGCAAAGGGUGAAGGAGGUUUUGAAGUUUGUCAGGUGGCGGAUUGAUUUGAAUGUGUGUAAGAAGGUUGUGGAUUUGUAUCGGGAGCUAGGGUUGGCAGGAGAUCUGGAAGAGCUAGUGGUGGCCUUGUCAGAGUCGGGCCAGAGUUCAGAAGCUCGUUCUGUGGUUCACUGCUCGUUGAUGAGAAUGUACGCAGAUAGGGAUAGAUUGGACGAUGUUGAGUACUGUGUGGGGCGAAUGCUGAAGGAUGGCGUCUCGUUUAGCUGUGAUGAGGAUGUUGAGAAGGUGAUAUGUUGCUAUUUCAGGAGGGAAGCUUAUGAUAGACUCGACAUGUUCUUGGAACGUGUGAAACAGCAUUCGUAUAAGCUCACGAAAACAGCUUAUGAUCUGCUGGGAGUUGGCUACCGGCGUGCGGGCCUGUUGGAGAAAACGAACGACGUGGUGAAUGAGAUGAAACGCACCGGUUUUCUCUAGAUUUGACUCGAUUCUCAGAUGAAACCGUUGCUUAUUGCAGUUUUGGGAUCGUUUGUGUUGAUGGAGCAGAAACUACAAAUUUGGAUUGGAAAUACAUGAGUAAAUAGGCUAAUGAACUGUGUGUUGUUUUUAUUGGAGAAUUGAUGGGAAUUAUUUACAUCAAGUUAAACUA